GACACAGCUCAUCCACAUCGAAGCAAGUCCAACAUGGAAGCGCCGCAAGAAGGGCAAGAGUUCUUCUCCGUGGAGAAUGUUCAGAAAAACGAAGGUGUAGUCGAGUUCGCGCAGACAGCCAUGUGCGUGGUCGCCGGCAGCAUGGCCGGCGUGAUCGGCCUGACUGCGUUCCAUGGGUUUGUGUUCAUGGUGGUGCUAUACGUGUUCACGUCCGUGGCGCUGCUGGCCAAGAUGAAGUUCGACGUCGAGACGUAUUUCAACAUGAAGUGGUACUCGUUCCUGUUCUACGGCAUCGGUGGCCAUUUCGUGUCGUUCGUCUUGUUUUGGACGCUGGGGUACGGCAUGGUCCAUAUUUACUAGGGCGCGCCUGCGACGACCGACCGUAUAACGAUAGCACGACAAGAAAGGAUUUAUACUAUGAUGGCAACAUCCACGUUGUUUCGUCGAGUUCAAUGCACGUCUUUCUGAGGUUUCUGCAUUACGAGGAUGUGGUCACGGAAGCUAUGCCGCUGGUGCGCCACGCGUCAAUAGCACCUUGCGCUUUGUCGAACUUGACCAAAAUGUAGUCAGUGUCGUACGUGGAAACGGCAAACACAGGAAUGGCCGCCGCCGCGAGCGGGGCUGUCAGCGACGACAAGAUGCCAGUCAAGGCAAAGUCGAGCGGGCCUUCGACUUUGAACGUUGUCCAUCCCGCCUCAGUCGACGUGGCGGCAACAGGCAACAAUGCGUCUUCAGAUACAACCAGCGAGAUUUCAUCAGCUGACAGCGAGAGGGAGGUCAAUGGCAAGUUUGAUGCGAGCACCGCGGCGAGUUGGCCGAUGAGGGCGGCAUCUUCGACAGAAUCGGCAGCACGGGAAAAUCGAUGCACGGCCAAACGUGGCAGAACGGUAUACGUCAGGCGCAGUGCCAAAGCCAUCCAGUUCUUCGUACAGUUGUGUAGACAAGUGUGGCUAGUCAAGUUUGGUGUGG